CAGGUAAGUAGUGGUCUCCGAUCGUUUGAAAAGCGAGCGGCCCGCAGCCGCCGCACCGGACGGGAGACAUGCGCAGCAAGCAGCAGCCGAGGCCUUCUUUUCGGUGGCCGCAGCAACGCGGCGAUAAUCUUACCGGGGAGGACGGAGUCGAAGGCUCAGGGCCCGGCGCGGACCUCCAGGCGGAGGAAGGCGACUGCGUGGAGGAUGACGGCCUAAUUAGUCCUAGCGAGAGGGGUUGCACGACGGCAGCCAAAGAGGAAGAGGAUGGGGACGCGACCGACGAAGAAGACGACGAGGACGCAUCGCCGCCCACUCCGCCGCCUUCCGCAACCGCGAGACUGAAUCCUGCUAUUUUAAGGGACACUGGACCGCCGGACAGAGAGCCAAUGAGCCCGCGCUGUCCUUCCAGAGAUUCUCGGGAAUCGUCCGGCCCGGCGACCGGAAGUCCUCCGCCACCAGCAACGAGGAGCAGCGCAAGCCCGGUCAGCCCGAGUGGAAUCGUGCAGCUGCCGCUCGGCAGCCAUCCGUUGCUACCGCCUCAUUCGGCCGCAAUGAUGGCAGCGUACCUGCAACAGACCCACCAGAGACUGCUGCUCGGCCAUUCGCCGCUGUCGCGCGGCUCCGUGUCACCGUUGGUAUCGUCCUCGUGCUCACCACCGGCUGCCACCCCCGGUCUACUCGUCUCGCCGAGCAGCGUUGGCGAGGUCUCGCCAUCGGCCACACCGUUGCCUGCCGUGCUCGAUUUCAGCACGAGGAAAGCGUCAUCGACGGAGGACGACGAGGAGGAGCAGAUACUGAAUCUGAGCAAGCCACCAACUCCGUCCUCCGCCGCGGAGGCGAAUAACGGCCCGUUGGAUCUGUCGGUACCAAGCAGAAAGCGACCAGGCCCGGAAGACUCGCCACCAUUGCCAGUCCGCAAGUCGUCCAGGUUGUCGGCAAGCAGCGCGGCAGCAGCGGCGGCGGCGGCUGCAGCCGCCGCUGCCCACCAGGAGGCCGCCCAAGCUGUAAGCGCGGCAGGUUUCGGCCGACCACCGGUCGUCUCGCCAUGGACAUCGCCGGUGGUCGCUUCCCACUUUCCGUACUUUGCGGCCGCAGUGGCCGCGGCGGCAACUAGUCAGCAGCAACUCUCGCCGAAGAGCACCGCCGGUGUAGUGGAGCAUCAUCAGCAACUGUGGAACGGCAAGAUGAAGCCGCCGUCCGUGGCGCUGGACAAGUCGUAUCAGCCGAGCGAGGCGACCAAGGCGCUGGAGAAGAUGAGCGAACUGAGCAAGCUUGGCGGCGAGGAUCUAUUCGCGAGAUCGAGUUCGAGCGCGGGGGCGAGCGGCGGGGCGGGCGGUGCAGCAGCAGUCGCAGCCGCGGCAGCAGCAGCAGCGGUAGCUGGCAAUGCGACCGCUGGUACCACGUCCGGCAGCCGACACAGUGCCUGGCAGUCCCACUGGUUGAACAAGGGCGCCGACCAAGCCAAGGACGUGCUCAAGUGCGUGUGGUGCAAGCAGAGCUUCCCCACGCUGGCCGCGAUGACGACGCACAUGAAGGAGGCGAAACACUGCGGCGUGAACAUGCCUGUGCCAGCAGCAGCGGCCGCGCUCCAUCCGCAGCCACCGAGCGUGGCUGGUAUCGCAGCGCCACAGCAACAGCCGCACCAGCCGCACCAGCCGCAAAACGUCGGGUCCGGAAACAACGGGGGUGGGUCCGGCGGGGGUGGCGGGGGCGGUGGUUCGGGCGCCGUUGGCACACCGAGCAGCAAACAGAGUCCAUCCGAGUUGAAUCUGUUGAUCAAAGAGACGAUGCCACUGCCGAGGAAGUUGGUGAGAGGUCAGGACGUUUGGUUGGGCAAGGGCGCCGAGCAGACCAGGCAGAUACUCAAGUGUAUGUGGUGCGGACAGAGUUUUCGCUCGCUCGCCGAGAUGACGUCGCACAUGCAGCAGACUCAGCACUACACCAACAUCAUCUCUCAGGAGCAGAUCAUCUCGUGGAAGUCGUCGGACGAGAACAAGGGUGGCAGCGGUGGAAGUGGGGGAAGCGGCGGGGGUGGCGGCGGAGGAGGCAGCGGAUCGGUAACCGGUGCCACCGGCGGUGGGGGCGGCGCGGUAGCGGCUGGUGGCGCGUCCGGACCACACGCUGGUAACACCACCGGUCCUGGUUCCGGCGCCACCAGCAGCCACGUGAGCGCCGUGCUCACGUGCAAGGUGUGCGACCAGGCGUUCAGCUCGCUGAAAGAACUGAGCAACCACAUGGUGAAAAACUCUCACUACAAAGAGCACAUAAUGCGCUCGAUCACGGAGAGCGGCGGACGACGACGACAGACGCGAGAGAAACGUAAAAAGUCGCUGCCGGUGAGGAAGCUGUUGGAGCUGGAGCGCGCGCAGAACGAGUUCAAGAAUGGAGAUGCGGCGACCGGGCUGAGCCACAGCCUCGGUAAGCACGCUGGUCGGAUCACGUGCGAGAAGUGCGGUGAGAAGAUCGAGACGACCAUCUUCGUCGAUCACAUACGCCAGUGCAUCGGCGCGGGUACCGUGGGAGCGAACCAGCGAAACUUUCUGAAAAACGCGUUGAUGUCGAAUCACCUACCUGCCACAUUGCCACCGACCGAAACUGGCCGAAAGAGCGUCACCGAGGACGGCUCUUCGGUGUCCUCGAGACACCAUCGGUCACCGUCGUCGGCCAGCGAUGCGACCACUCCGGGGAAGGACACGCCGACGCCUAACACCGGUGAGACCACCGGUAGCUCAUCGCCGUCCGUGUUGAACGCUAUCGAGAAACUGAUCGAGAAAAGUUUCGACUCUCGCGUCAGGCAUGGAACACCGGGCCUGCAUCACGCUCAACCGGGUGCUCCGAUGGGCACCAGCAUUUUGAAGCGGCUGGGCAUCGACGAGAGCGUGGAUUACACGAAACCGUUGGUCGAUCCGCAGACGAUGAACCUUCUACGCUCGUAUCAGCAGCAACAUCAGCAGCAACAGCAGCAGCAACACUACGCGACGAGCACGGCCGCACGGCGGGAACGCAGUGGAAGCGAGUCGAGUUCGGUCUCGGAACGAGGAAGCGCCGGUAGAACCGACACGAUGACACCAGAGAGACGCGUGGACCUGCACUCGGUGGAUACCAGGCAUUCCCACCAUCACCGAGUCACGCCGGACAAACAGCUAGUCUCGCAAAACUUGUCCACCGGCCGCCACCAUCCGACCACUGAGGAAUCCGGCGACGAAGAUUCAACAACGACUGCGUCUGCCUCCGCCUCUGCCUCCGUUGCAGCGACAGCAACGACGAACGUAGUCGUGAAGAAGGAACCACGAGACGAGGAGUCGGAGGAGCGCGUGGCGAACGAAGACGAGCAACAACAACAACAACAACAACAACAGCAGCCUCAAUCGCAGUCGCAGUCGCAAACGAAUCGCUCGGAGGUGUUCGUGAAGAAGGAAAUCGUGGACGAUUGCCGGGACGAGGACGAUCAACAAAACUCGUUCAAUCAUCAUCGACGAAGCAGCCUGCACGAAGGAUCGGAGGAAGGCCGGGAGGUGAUGUCGCCUCGUAUGAACCCACCAACGCCGAGAUCGAGCGGCCAGCCGGAGCAAAUUGCGCGCAGCCCCUGCAGGAACAGCACGAGCAGCCCGACGAGCAGCGAUCGGUCGGUAACGCCGCGCGGAACACCCGACACAAAGGGUUCGAGCAGCCUUGGCGCGCUCUCUUCCAUGUUCGACAGUCUGUCCGGUGGCGGAGGAAGCGGAGGCGGCGGCGGUGGUGGUGGUGGUGGUGGUAGCGGCGGUGGCGGUGGCGCUGGCGGCGGAGGAGGCUCGAGCUCGAACGCAAUCGACUCUCAGGGACGGAAAACCAGCAGCCACCCGUUGGCUGCGCUGCAAAAGCUUUGUGACAAAACGGAAACGCGAGGAACGAGCAGCAGCGCGGCCCGAUCUGGUGGCAGCGGUCCUGGAUCUGCGUCCGGUCUUAGCGCAGCGGCUGGAAGCGGUGUAGGCGCGACCGGGCCCAGCUCCGGGACGGCUCCAGGAGCGAUUCUAGCGUUCAGCUGGGCGUGCAACGACGCCGUCGUCACCGCCGACUCGAUCAUGAAGUGCGCCUUUUGCGACACACCGUUCAUCUCGAAGGGCGCCUACAGGCAUCACUUGUCCAAGAUGCACUUCGUCAAGGAUGGUGUAAUCCCCGACCCAUUGACGAUCGGCCGGUCAGCAGCAGCUGCUGCAGCCGCGGCUGCUGCUGCUGCAGCGGCUGCAGCAGCGGUCUCACAGACGUCGGCUACCGGGCCAUCGCCGGCCGGUCAUAGUUCUUCCUCACCACCUACGUCGCAGCGCAACAAGUCGCCGCCGCUUCCGCAGGCGAACGGCAGCCCGUCGCAGUCAGCGGCCUCGCCUCUCGAGGAGAGUCCGCACUCGAAAUUUCUCAAGUAUACGGAGCUGGCCAAACAGUUGUCCAGCAAGUACGUAUAGUCCGAGCCCCGUAAGUAGCGGUGCCACUUGUACAUAAGUGUAUCUAUACUGUAACGACUGUAACUAAGCGACGCGACCGGAACACCUAAUUUCACACCUCCUUCGAGACGCCUCCUCCGCCUCCAUGGGCCCACAUCCAUCCCUUUCGUUCGUCCGAACCGCGAUUCCGUUGUUCCGUUGUUCCCCCAACGCAUCUUUUCGCUCCUUCGUCGUUUCGUCCAACUCUUCCCUUCUCCGUGUUCUCCUUGCACCCGUCGAGGGGGCUCCCUCUCUCGGCGGGUGGGCCGUUUCAAUCGGACUCGAACUCGAAACACACUCGUGUCGACAUCGGGACGAUCGAGUCGCGCGACGAACAAUGUGGGACAGAGGGGGUUGAUUGUCGAACGUGCGUUGAUUAAAUUGUGAUGCCACCAUAUCUCGCGGCACUGCUGAGUCAAAAGGGGCUCGGCGAGCGGCAAAGUUUGUGAUUUUAUAAAUACUUAAGGACAUUUACGACCGGCGUCGAGAGAGAAACAGAAAGAGAGAGAGAGAGAGAGAGAGAGAGAGAGAGAGAAAGUGACUCGAGAGCGCGAAUGGGAAUCUAUGGUGUGUAUGUCUGUGUGUAUGUCUGUGGGUGAAUCUGCACAAGUGAAGAGACAGAAAGAGAGAGAGAGAGAGAGAGAGAGAGAGAGAGAGAGAGAGAGAAGUAUGGCAGCAAGGAUGAGACUAAAAUUUUUCCAAGGUGUAGGACAGGGAGGCUUAACCUAUCACACACAGCUGUCGUAAGGUCAGAUCAGCAUGUAUACCUCUAGAACGUAAGAGCGUAGUUGAUUAGCGCAUAGGCUAGGCUAGGGGUCCGCCCUUGUAUAGGAAUCUCUUUGUUGAUACUUAGAGCUGCGAAGCCGGUGAGAUCGCGUUUUUUCCGGGGGGGGGGAGGGGGGAGGGGGUAAGAAUCGAACCUCGUCCGAAAAGAAAAAAAUGAAAAAAGAAAAAAAGGAGAGAGAGCGAGAGAGGAAAGGGAAAAACCAGAGUCAACCAGUGAGAGUUCGCGAUAAGAACCGGGAGAGGGGGAGGGGGGUACGACGACGAGAACGGAGAGUGAAAGAGAGAGAAAGAGAGAGAGUGAAAGUGAGAGAAAAUGAGAGAGAGAGAGAGAGAGAAAAUAAAGGAGAGCAUCGAGAGCAACGAGCAACUACAACACGGUGCAAUAGCAGCGAGGACCGCGGUGUGUUUUAGGGCACCGCUCACG